GAAAAAACUAUUAUUAAUAAUUCACAUAUGGAUUCUGAAAGUGAAUUUAAUUUUGAUAAUGAUAAUAAUCAGGACAGCGAGCUUGAUGACGAGUUUAACUUUAUGAGAGAAACUGAUGAAGAUAAUGAAUCUGAUUCACAAUUGAAUGAUAUUAAUAAUUCUAUUUCUACAGCAAGCAAAAAAAGAAGUGUUACAGAAGAACUUGAUAGUGUACCUAAAAAGAAGAAAAAAUUGAAGAAUGAUUUAUAUAAGCAACCAACAGUUGAAGAAUUAAAUCAACUUAGAGAAACGGAAACUCUAUUUCAUUCAAAUUUAUUUAGACUUCAAAUUGAAGAAUUAUUAACUGAAGUUAAACUCAAAAAUAAAUAUAAACAUUUAUUCGAUGCUUGGUUCAUUAAAUUUAAAACAAAUAUUGAAUCAUUGCAAGAAACUGAUGAAUUGAAGUUCGCAGAUGGAAAUCUAUAUAAAAAAUUACAUUUGAAUAUUCCUAUAUUAAAUGUACCAGAAGAUAUAAGAGGCACAUUUAAAUUUUUAAAACCAUUAUCUAUUGAUAUUAUCGGUUCAUAUUCUUUCGAUUGUACAGUGGGUACAAAUAUUGCCGUAGAUAUAAUGAUUCAAAUGCCAGAGAAUUUAUUCCAAAAACACGAUUAUCAAAAUUACAGAUAUUUAAGAAAAAAGGCUAUAUAUUUGACAUAUAUAACUUCUAAUAUAGAAGAUGAUCUUGUUGAUAAAAAAUUAUUUCUUGGUAGUAAUUUAAGACCUAUAUUAAAAAUAGUGCCACCUGGAAAGUUAGGAAAAAAAUUAAGUAUACAUGUACAUGUAUCUGCACAUGAAAAUACUUUUAAACUAAACAGAUUUUUACCAGAAAAAAAUUCUGUAAGACCUAAUUGGUUUUUCAAGGAAGAAGUUGAAAAUGCACCUUUAACACCAACACCACAUUAUAAUUCCAUAAUCUUACAUGAUCUGACAAUGUUAGAAACAAAUUCUCGAAACGUUGAACUGAUAAAGAAAUAUCCAAAUAUCAGGGAUGGUAUUAUUUUGCUAAAGAUAUGGUUAAGUCAACGACAAUUAAUGAAAAGUCAUAACGGUUUCAGCAGUCAUAUAAUAACAAUGUAUGUUUUAUAUUUGCUACAAAUAAAGAAACUCAACACAUUUAUGAGUAGUUAUCAAAUAGUAAGAAAUGUAUGGUGUAAUUUAGUACAAAAUGGUUGGUAUGAAAAUGGGAUAUCGAUAUACCAAGGAGAUGAUAAUCAAAAGCGUAUUUUGGAUUAUCAUAAAUAUUAUGAUUGUGUUUUUCUGGAUCCAAGUGGAUAUCAUAAUUUAGCUUCCUUCGUAUCAAGAGAUACUUUUUCUUGGGUACAGAGAGAAGCAGAGAUUUCUUUGCAACAUUUGGAUAAUGUAAAUGUUAAUAGUUUUCCAUCUAUUUUUAUGCAAAAGGUUCCAUUCUACAAUGCAUUUGAUAAUAUAUUAUGUAUUGAAGAUAAUGAAAGCAUAGAAAAACUUGUGGAUACAAAGUCAUCUAAAGAUGAUAAAUUAGAUUAUGGUAUUGAUAAACGUAAUCAAGCUAUUAGUAUAUUUAUGAAAGUAUUAAAACAAGGUUUAGGAAAUAGGGUUCAUAGAAUAUGUGUGUUACCUGAGGAACCAAGGCAAUGGGAGUGUGAAAAAGAAAUGUCAAAUUAUAUUGGAAAAAUCUCCAUUGGUAUAGAUUUAAAUCCAGACUUUUGUUUUAGUAUUGUUGAAAAAGGCCCUGAAGCUAACUUACCAGAAGCAGCUUCGUUCCGAGAAUUUUGGUGUAAUAAAUCAGAAUUACGUCGCUUUCAAGAUGGAUCUAUACGUGAAGCUGUAGUUUGGGAUAAAGGGAAAACUUUACAUGGAAAGAGAAUGAUUUGUAAAAAAAUUAUAAAAUUUUUAUUGAAACAUAAAUUUAAUUUAACACCAAAUCAAUAUUUAUGUCUUGCUAAUCAAAUGGAAGAUAUUUUAAAAUUAGACAAAAUUAAAAUUACACAUUUUGUAUAUGGUACUGGCGAAGAAGCAACUUUACGUGUGAUAAAAGCAUUUAAUUCUUUAGAAAAAGAUUUAAUGUCUCUUGUUGAUAUACCUCUUUCAAUAACUGGUGUACAAGGAUCUAGUGCAGCUUUUCGUUAUACAGAAGUUUUCCCACCCUUAGCAACUACUUAUCGACCUGAUCAUAAAAUAAUUGAAGAGGGUGAAAAUUACCUAAUGCUUAAAACGAAAAAUAUUAAUAAGGUACCCAGAUAUGUUCAUCCACUUGAAAUUAGUUUACAAUUAUCGACUAGUGGAAAAUGGCCUGAAGAAUUAGAAGCUAUUAGAAAAACAAAGACUGCUUUUCAUAUUCAAAUUGCUGAAUGCCUUAGGAAACAGCACAAUCUAAAAGCACAAGGAAAUGCUACUCAUAUAGAUGUUUUUAAGGAUGGAUUUGUCUUUCGAUUGAGAGUAGCACAUCAAAAAGAAAUAGCUUUGUUGAAACACCAAGUCGAUGAAGAUGGUGUAGUUAAGUAUAGAGAUAAUGAAGAAUCUAUUGAAUUAGAAAAGAAAUUAUUUCUAUUACCCAAAUUAAGCAGCACGUUACAUGGAAUACACUCUCAACAUCCUUCAUUUGGAGCUGCUUGUUGUUUAACAAAACGUUGGUUAUCUGCUCAUUUGUUGGAUGAUUUUCAUAUGCCCACUAUAGCAGUUGAAUUAAUUAUAGCAUCGAUGUAUUUAAUGCCAGAACCAUAUAAGCAUGCACAUAUGCCACAGGUAGCAUUUUUAAGAGUUUUAGAAAUUUUUGCAAGGGAACACUGGAAUAUAGAUCCUGUUAUUGUAAAUUUUAAUGAUGAAAUGUCAAAAGAAGAAAUUAUUGAAGUAGAAACGCUUUUCGGAACGUCACGUGAUUCUUUACCACCUCUGUUUAUUUCUACACCUUAUGACCAAAAAGAAUCUUUAUGGACCAAAAAAGCACCAAACGUAUUAGUUUUAAAUCGUAUAUGUCUUCUAGCCCGAGAAUCAUUAAAACUAUUCGAGCAACAAUUCAACACUAGAACGAUGCUAGAUUGUAAAGCUCUUUUUAGAUCACCCAUCUCAGAAUAUGAUUGUUUGAUACAUUUGAAACCACUUCUUAAUCCUAGAAGAUUGCAAGGAAUUGAUGUGGAUGAAAAUCAUCCAAUUGUUGAGUGGCAUCCAUAUAAACCACAUUCAUUGCAAAAAAUUCCUAUUAUAGACUUUGAUCCUAUUCAAUGUUUUUUGAAAGAGUUAAGGGAUGGUUAUAGUGAGCUUGCUUUAUUUUUUCAUGAUACAUACGGUGGUAUGGUAAUAGGAGUUUUAUUGAAACCUACUGCUCUAGAAGAAAAGGAUUUUAAAGUGUCAAAUGUGAAAUGUCGAAAAUUAAAUAAGAAUGACAAACUUGUAUUAAAUUCAUCCACGAUGAUACAAGAUUUUUACGUUCUUGGAAAAGAUCUUGUAAAAGGUAUUGAAGUUACCUCUAAUAAAUUAUCUCUUAUGUGAGAUUGAACAAUUUAUAUAAAUAAAUAAAUACAUUUUAAAAUCAUAA